ACAAAUCGCAUCACGAAGCAUCGCUCUACAACCGCUGCUACUCGACGCGCUCCGCAGCACGUACCCAUUGGCGUCAUACUCAGCAACGGAAACGCUUGCGACGACAUCUACGAGUGCUCUAUAUCCGCCUGCGCUGGUCGCACCUUCGGUCGACUCGCAGAGUUGAAGCGACACCACCAAUCGAAGCACGAGGGGCUCGCGGGACACAAGGCACGCUUCUGGUGCCCGGUUGAUGGAUGUGAGUCAAGGAGCAUGGCAGAUGAUGGAAAGGCUUUUCCGCGGAAAGACAAGAUGAUGGAUCAUCUGGCGAAGGUUCAUGCG